AUGGCAGGCACGCUGAUGGCGCCGCAGGUGCUUCACCGCGUCGUCCACGGGCACCCGGACCCAGAGCCCUGGCAGAAAGCCCUGCUAAGCUUCCAGCCGGCCGUCUUGCACGGUUUCAAGAGACACCGCGUGCGCGGCGCCGAUUACCCGGGCAUCGUACGCGCCAGCGGAGAGCCAUCCACGCAAAAGGUGCUCGGUACGCUCGUAUCCGGAUUGACAGAUGGAGACCUGCACCGGCUGGAUCUGUUCGAGGGCAGCGAGUACGAGCGGAGAGCUGUCACCGUGCGGCCGUUGCCCGACUCUUUGGACUCGAAGUUGAACCGUAGUCCGGGACACCAACCAAAGGGCAGCCACUUGCGCGAUGUGCUUGACGCGGCGGGGGCGGAGAUCGCAGAUGAAGCGGACGGGGUGGCUGCCGUGACGUAUGUGUGGAUUGCUGGGAAGGAUAGGUUGGAGGCGGCGGAGUGGGAUUUUGAGACGUUUAAGCGGGAUAAGAUGGCGUGGUGGGUGAAUGCGGAUGAGAGUGAGUGGUAA